UUCGACAAGCACUUUAUUGACUACCUCAGCAGACCGGAGAUCGAUGGCUGGGAAGUAAGAAAAGCUCUUACUGAACUUCACGACUAUGAUGUCAUCCCUGAUCCAAAGGUCGUUGAAGCCGCUCUACGUGCCUGUCGUCGAGUAAAUGAUCUCGCUUUGUGUGUUAGAUUCUUGGAAGCGAUCAAGAUCAAGUGCGGAUCAAAAAAGAACAGAGAAGUCAUCUAUUCCUACAUUGUUAACGAGGUGAAGCCGGUACUCACCGAGCUUGGAAUCCCAACUCCAGAAGAGCUAGGCUACGAUAAACCAGAAUUCUUCAUUCCUCAGCCUGACGUUUGGUGGGAGAAGAAAUGGUAUGCCGAGUAUGGAUACGACAAGAAGCCCGCCUUCCAAUAUUGA